AUGUCGCAGUUCUCGUGCAAGACGCAUGCGCUCCACGAGCACUAUUACAAGAUCUAUCGUAUUAUUUUUAAAAUACUUGGCCUAUGGCCUUAUCAACAGUCAUAUCUCACACGGCUACACAAUUUAUUGUUUGCUAGUAUUUUAUUGACAUCUAUUAUUGCUCAGUUAAAACAAUUAUUGGACCAAAUCAAAGAUGAUUGGAAUUCAUUGAAGGAUAAAUUAGAAAUUAAUAUCAUAGAAGAAUAUGCUUACGACAUGAGACUAUUCAUAGUAGCUAUAACGAUGUUUACCUGUUUUGUUCUAUUUUUUUGUAUAAUAUUUGAAUCUUUGCCGUUAAUACUUGAUGUUGUAUUACCAUUAAACGAAUCACGGCAAUUUCAUUCUGUGACCAUCACGGAAUAUUUUGUCAAUGAAGAAAAAUAUAUUUAUUAUAUAGUAUUACACGAGUUACUAACUGGCAUAAUAGGAACAAUCUUAUUGAUCGGCAUUCUUUUAUUAAUUGUAAUGUACAUGAUGCACGCAUGUGCACUAUUUAAAAUAGCAAGUUAUCGAAUAGAAAACACAAUCGAGAAAAGU